AUGGAAGGCACUGUUGCAACUGCUACCGAGAGUGGCUUCUUGUCCCGUCCGCACUCGCGCUCUCGGGCACACUUCAUAGCUACCUCCUCGCCAGCUCCUCCUCGCCCAGCACUUUUUCCUCGACCCCCUUAUGGGGACGCCGCAGAGUUCCUCCCCAGAACCCGCUGGGCUGGGGGCUGGCAGCUCUGCGAUGCCAGGGCCAGUGUGGCCCCUCGCAGGCCGGGAGGCCGCGCUCCGCUCGGGCCGCUGCCUCCGUGGCCAGCCCCUCCGGGAGCAGAGCUGCCCGGUCUUUCCGGCCCACGGAGCCGCGAUGGCUGGCACCGCGGCGCCCAGGCGGCUGGACCUCGGAACGGGUCUGGGGCUGCGUCCUGCCCUCUCCUCUCCCCCGCUCUCCUCGUGCCCACCAGGGAGGGACGCCAGGCCCGCCAGGGGCGCCCGACGACCCUGCCAGCGCCCCGCCUCCAGCCCGCCCUCCCUCCUUUCCCACUCCCUCGCGGGCCCUUCAGUGCCCGCGCCCCUUCCCCACCGCGCGGCCCCCGCCAGAGGCCUCCCUAG